UGAUAAUUGACACUUGAAGGAAGUGAAGUAAACAAACAGUAAACAGUGAUCUCUGUAGUAAAUAUACCAACAAUAUGAGCACACCGGGAUUUCCGCGAUUGUUUUACUCAAAAGAACCUAUUCCAACUACUACAAUAUUGAUAAAAAAUAAGAAUGAGUCCAACACUAAAACUCCAAAAAUAACUUGGAGUACUCGUGUUGUAAAUUUUGAGGAACAAGAUAAUUUUUCGACCAAUAAGAAAAUACUUGCCCCAUACUAUGACAAUGAUGAGGGUUUGUUAGAUUGUAUGGAUAUUGAAGACAAUUAUGAUAUACUCCCAACAAAAUCUGGGAAAUUCAAAACAAUUUUCCAUGUCCCAUCGGCUUUGUUGCCUGUGGUGGUUGGUCCUAAAGGUAGCAAGUUGAGGGAACUACAGGAAAUUACACAAACUUCAAUUAAAGUCCCUAGGGUUCAUGAAGUAGGAGUUCCUGUCAAAAUCACUGGUCAUAAUGAAAGAAGUGUAGCAUCAGCCCGCAAUCAAAUCACUUUACUUGUUCUAACUAAACGUGAAAAGUUUGCCAGUACCCAUUUUAUAUCAAUACCUGUGGAUUCCAAUGAUAUAAGAGCUAAUUUUGAAAAGUUUAAGAAAUCAAUACUGAAAGAUAAAAUUACAAGGGGUGUGGAUGAAAAUAUAUUCCAAAAUCCAAAUAAGCUUCAUAUGACUGUUGAAGUGUUGAGUUUACUAGAUCAAAUUGAAAUAGAACAUGCUAAACAGUUAUUGUCAGAUAAUGUUAGUGAAAUAAUCAGCACUCAUUUAGGCAAAGAUCAUUAUCUGUUCAGACUCAAGGGAAUUGAAAUUAUGAAUGAUGAUCCUAGUGAAGUGGAUGUUUUAUAUGCAAACGUUAAGAUGGACAAUCAGGAAGAUUUCAAUGACUUUCAGGAAGUUGUUGAUAAAAUAUCAAAUUUAUUUUAUAUUAAUGGUUAUGUGAGAAAGCACUAUGAACAUAUCAAGCUACAUGUAACUUUGAUGAAUUCAUUAUUUAGAAGAGAUGAAAACAAAAGUAGAAAAACUUUUGAUGCUUCAUUUAUUAUAGAUAAAUAUAGAGAUUAUGACUUUGGAACUGCAGUUUUGAAGUCAAUCGAUUUAUCCAUAAGAUUUACUACAGCAGCGACUGGUUAUUAUAAUUCAGAAAUAUCUAUACCUUUACAGGCAUAAUAGAAAUAAAAAAUUUA